AUGUUUUGGCGCUUUGGAGGCUACUCCAACACAUCCACAAUCGACACACUGCUUGACAAGCCUGAUGUCAGACUGGAAGAUUUGCUGGACGAGUCCGACCUCAUUCAAGAACUGAAGUCCCAUCACACCAAACUGAUCGAACAUCUGCGAGAUGAAAACAACCUACAUGCUCUUCUGCGAUAUGUCAUAGCCCCGGGCCCUUCCUCGGACAGCGGCGAAUCCAGCGAGAAUGUGAAGGAGACUGAGUCUACAUCUGGCGAUGACGAAGCGGACAAGCCGCCGGACGAGGAGCAGGAGAAGGCGGAGAAAAAGCGAUUGAAGUACGCUUACGUGGCAUGCGAAAUAUUGUCAUGUGAAACCUGGUCUAUCACCGAAUCUUUGAUGGCCAGUACGGAAUUUCUCGUCGAGUUUUGGGACUUUCUGCGGCGUCCGGCCCCACUAGAUCCGUUGCAGGCGGGCUAUUUCACCAAGGUCAACGAAACGCUGUUCGAAAAGAAAACCGAAGAAAUGGUCGAGUUUUUCAAAUCCCUACCAGGAAUUGUACCCGCAAUGCUGCAGCAUGUCGAUUGCCCGAUGGUGAUGGAUCUGUUGUUGAAGAUCAUUAGCCUGGAAAAGUCGGACGGCGGCGCAGGCAUCGUGGACUGGCUGCACGAUCAGGACCUGAUACCCAUGCUUUUGUCCAGUUUGUCACCAGAGUGCAACUCGUCUACGCAGACAUCUGCCGGCGACUUCUUGAAAGCCAUCAUCACGAUUUCCGCUAAUGCCGCGCUAAAUGAGCAAUCGUGCAUCGGUCCCAACAGUUUGACCCGGCAAUUGGUUUCGGAGAAGUGCAUUCGACAACUGAUCUCUUACAUGCUCAAAGGUGGCAAUCCCCUUACAGUUGGAGUGGGUAUUGUCAUCGAAGUCAUCCGUAAGAACAACUCCGAUUACGACCCUGAGCACGGCCACAGCCCGGAUUCUCCUCCAACGAACCAUGACCCUAUCUACCUGGGAAAUCUUUUGCGGCUGUUCGCCGAGAAUGUUCCGGCCUUCAUGAAUCUCAUUUUGAGCUCGAAACAUACCGUCACCCAGGGUGACACCACCGUCGUGGUAGAACGAGGUCAGCUCAAGUCAGCAUGGGGUACCCAAAUCGAGCCCCUCGGGUUUGACCGAUUCAAGACUUGCGAACUAAUGGCUGAAUUACUGCACUGCAGCAACAUGGGACUGCUAAAUGAGAGGGGCAGUGAAGAAUUCAUCAAGGAAAGAGACGCGGAAAGAGAACGACUGCGAUCCCAGGGCGCAUUUUUGUCUAACAAACAAUCCGAAGAUUCUGCCGUCGAUAUCUCUGUCACUUCUUCUCGGUUCGACACCGCAUUCACCCCAUCAGCCUCCACCUCGACCGAAGAACUUCGGAUUGCCAAUUUAAAUGACGAGGAUGGGUUCGAAAAGGUUGCAGUGUCGGACGCCACAGAGACCUCGACAAAAUCAGACCAAGAUCUGGUGGAUGAGCCACUGUCACCUCGAGAGUCUCGGGCUACGCAGAACCCUCAAGAAAGUGGCACAUCGCCAGGGAAUCUGGAUGACACGGUCCGGCGGCUGAGUCUGGAGAAUGUGGACGACACUGACAUGACCUCACCCCCGAAUGAACCAGACACUACAACACACUUCUCUAGUCAAGGAAAUAAUGAGGAUCAACCUUCCUCACACCCAGAAGACAAGCCUGCCCCACUGUUUGCCUCGUCUUCUGAUCCCAACAGAACCCCUACGGCGCACAGCCCUGAACCGACUGGCGGUCCUGACGCCCCAGGAGAUACUUCCGAAGUACAUGGGGAGAAUAGCCAAGCAGAGGGAGAUUCGAUUCAGAGUUCGCGUGACCAGACGAUGCAAGUCACGGACCACGAUACAUCGACAGCAGGAGAGGCCCCGGUGGUUGGUGACUAUUUGAAGAUUCAGUUUGUCGAGAACAAAGUCGUGCCGACGAUUCUGAGCUUCUUCUUCCGCUUUCCGUGGAACAAUUUUCUACACAACGUCGUCUAUGAUGUCGUCCAACAGGUUUUCAAUGGCCCCAUGGACCGAGGCUACAAUCGAUAUUUGGCCUUUGACUUGUUCGAGUCUGGUCGGAUUACCGAUGCCAUUAUUGAAGGUCAAAGACGCAGUGACGAGGCCCAACAAGCCAAGAACAUGCGACUUGGAUACAUGGGACAUCUGACUUUGGUUGCCGAGGAGGUGGUCAAAUUCGGCGAGCGACACCCUCGAGAGCUGCUCUCGCCCGUUGUCCAAGAUUGUAUCUACUCCCAGGCUUGGGAGGAAUACGUCACAAAGGUCCUUGCAGAAACGAGAGAACGAGACAACGCCAUUCUCGGAGGAUUCAGACCAGAUAAUGGACUUGGACCUAGGCAGGCUGUGCUAAAUGCUGUCAACUCCGGACAAGGGUUUGGCAGUUCCAGCGGUUUGGCCGCCGCGGGUCUCAACGGAGGUCAAGCUCAGCACGGUCUAGACAGCAUUGAUUUGUCGAACAAUGGAAGUGCCACUAGUGCUGGCUACAAUUCCAGUGGUUCACUGUCCAGUGGGUUUGGCAGUUCAUCUGACGAUGAUGACGAGGAUAUGGACGACGCCGAUGAUGAUGAACGUGGCAGGUCGGAAACACAGACCUCCACUACUAAUACCGGGGUGUCGUCGGAGAAUUCCGACCAACCUGUCCCAUUGCUACCUCCCCCUCCAGCACCGCUUAACGUCGAACCAUCACGUGCCCGUCGACGGUUGGCUGAUCGCUUAGCGAGGCACAAACAAGAGGCCGAGCAGGAAGCUGCUGCUUCCGAAUUCGGCUCUGAGGCCGACGAUCCAUUCGCGGCUUUGGACAACGGCGACGAACAGGAUUCGGCCGAUCCGUUCUCGCUUGAUGAAGAGGAACAGGACAUUACCAAUUUCGGCAGGCGAAGCAAUGCUAACACUGGCGGGUUUGGUGAUACCACACGAGACCAUCACAGUUUCACGGUCAGUCGCGGUCUCACCAGUCUGUUCUCUAGUGCAAACGACGACACGCACGGUCGAACGAUACGAGACGACUUCGAUGGAUCCUUGGACGAUUCAUCCUCGGAAGGAUCCGGAUCAGACAUUGAACCUGAAAAUCCGCCUCUCGAGGCCCGCACGAGUCUCGAGCGGCGCCCACUAGAAGUCUUCGAAGACGAAGAAAUGGGUGAGAUGGUUGCGCCCACGCAGGAAGAUGAGAGCAACAGUUCGGAUGAAGAGGUUCUCAGUCCCAUGGAGAAAGAGAAACUAGGCGGCGCCUUCGGCAUGGGCGAUACGGACGAGCAAGCUUCUGAGUUUGCUGGUCAAGCCGACCAUGACGAUGACGAUGAUGACGACGAUGACUCGGACCAGCUUGUCGAGAUUGCAAUGCCGGCCAGCAUGAAACGAAGAUCGAAAGGAUGA